AUGGAGAUAUCACCUGCACCAGUUCCUACAAAGAUAACUGAAUUCGUCGCCAAGGUUUUCGACGAUGGAACUCCCGAGUUAAAAGCAAACACAGUUGUAGAUAUCUAUGGUUAUUUAUCAGCAUCAACGCAUUCCAGUGGCGAAGAUGAUACUGUUGUUUCUUCCGAGCAAGUUACCGUUCAUGUGCUGCGUAUGGAAGAGGUUAGACACGUACCGUCGACUGAUCCAGAGGAGUCAGCUAGCUUAAAUUCGCCUUCUAUACGUAAUGACCUUAUCAGAGAAGUAUCAUCUGUCUUGGGGAGUACCUCAGCAGCUGAUAUCUUCAUCAAUUUUCUGAUAUCCACCACGUAUUCUCGCCCGGGUGGAACGCCAUUGUGCUUUUUACCUUUGAAUAUUGUUGGUAUUACUGAUUCUGGAGUUGCUCACAAAGUGAUUGAGUUGGUACAGCAUUUGAUGCCCAAGGUGAAAGUUCUUACUCUCACGCCAGAGUUACUCUCGAAAGCACGUUUCGCGCCAGUGAAGAAUUACGAAACCGAUACACUACUCCAAGGAGAAUUGCAGUUAAGCAACGGCACUGUUCUAAUCAUUGAUGAGACUCAGCUACCUACUGGCUCCUUUCCAGUUAGUGGCUUCGUUGAGGAGAACUUGAAAGUACUAGAUGAGCUGAUUGUUGAGCACAGGGUAUCGUACGACUACGGAUUUUAUAAAAUUCCCAUGGAUGUCGAUUACAAUGUUUUAAUUCUGUCGAAAAAGGAAUCCAGAUUCUUCAAGACCCCAUUCCGUAUUCCCAUUGAACCUUCCAAGCCGCCGGUAUUUGUUGGAAAUGUCGAGAAGAAACGAGAGUACUUGCAACGAUGUCGUAGUGGUGUAAGCUCCAUAUCGCUAGCGGAUGACGUUUCUAAGAAAGUGCAGGACAGCUUUGUCGAUAUGUGUGCAUCACUAGACACAAAAACGGAUAAGGCGGCAUUGCUCAAUGAAAUGCUGAUUCUGUCGAGAUUGGUUGCAUCCUCAAAUGGCAGUUCAAGCGUGGAAUUUGAGCACUGGCAACAUGCAAUUAGAAUCUCUUCGGCAAACUCGUCCGAAAUGUCAAUGUGGAGAUCUCGAUAG